AUGAAGAUGCGCGCUCUCGGUUUGGUUACGUUCGUGGCUCUGGCUGCUUCUCUGUGCGCGCUCCCGCGGCACUUCAGCCAGGACCUUGAGAAGCGCGCGGCGGCUUCAGAUGCAGAGUUCUCCGGUAACGGAGCUGACGAACCGGUGAGGGGAUCAGUAAGAGUGGUGAAAGUGAGUCCGCAUUUUCUGCGCCAUUCCCCGGGUCUGCUUGCACCAAAGCGGGGCCCGUUUCCGGCCUUCUUGGCUCUGGGUCGCCCUGGGCCUUCUGUGCACGCGCGCACGCGGUCCGCAGCAUCACUCCCGCACCUGAGCGCGAGCCGCACCGACAGCGACACCAGGAAGCGACAAGGCCUGGAGAUGUGGCAGAGGGUGAUGCACAGGAGCGAGCAGAGUAAAGAGUUCCUGUCUCUGCCGUUUCACUCCAGAGAGGCGGGACAGCAGAGCUGUGCGGCGCUCAACUUCUCCCAGCGGAUAACCGAGGAGGGCUGUGAGCCGAUAACCGUCCACAAUAAGCUGUGUUUCGGUCAGUGCAGCUCAAUGUUCGUGCCCCCCAACGGAGGAUCCAUGAUGCACCGCGGCGGCGUGUCUUGCUCGCGCUGUGGGCCGUCGAGAGCGCGCGCCGUGCGCGUGCCCGUCCGCUGCGGCUCGCAGGUCCGAGAGAAGCGCGUGAUUCUGGUGGAGGAGUGCAAGUGCGAAACCGGAAGAGAGGAAGAGAAAUCUGAUAACAGGGCCAUGCAUUUAUAA